GAGAGAGAGAGAAGAAAAGAUAAGAGAAGAGGAGAGGGAGACAGACAGAGACAAAGAAAGAGACAGAGACACAGAGAGAGAAGAGGGGAGAGAGAGAGCGCGCGCAGAGGAUCUCCAGGCGGCGGGAGACACCCUCCUUCCCCCGCCUACCCCUCCCCCUCCCCUUCCCACUCCCCACACGCGCGCGCACAUUUCACUCCCCCCACCCCCCCACGCCGGACCCCGCACCUCGGCGCCAACGGACCAGCCAGCCCAGCAGCGGGAGCCGCAGCGGGAUGGAGGCGGCAGCCACGGAGCGCCCCGCAGGCUGGCCGGGGGCGCCCAUAGCCCGGACUGGGCUCCUGCUCCUUUCUACUUGGGUCCUAGCUGGGGCCGAGAUUACUUGGGGAGGCGGUGGCAGCGGCAGUGGCGCCCCCGCCUCGCCGCCCCGGCUGUCGCUGCUCUCACAGCGGGGAGUAGCGGGCCAGUGGCCGGAGCCAGCGGCGAGAAGAGGUGGGGGUCUGGGGCGCUGGCCCAGGGAAGAGAUACCUUAUCCUGGCGGUAACGGCGACAGCCAGCCGGAGGAAGAAGAGAAGGAAGAAGAGGAAGAAGCUGGGGGGCAGGAGGAGAGAGCGCCCUGGGGCCAUGGUUUUCUGGAGCUCAGGGGGUCUACCCCAGAAGCGCAAGGAAAGCUUGGAGCUAGAAGGAGUCGCAGGGCGCAGCCCCCGGGCUCUCUGGCCCAGUGGGGCAGCCGGGGAAAUUCCCCGGCGGACGGAUCGAGAGGGAGCCGGGCACCUGCUAAGGGAUCUCAAGAAGAAGGGAGGGGGCCGAGGGCUCGGGGAACGGCGGCAGAAGAGCUCAAACUGACCAGCACCUCGUUUGCUUUGACCGGGGACUCGGCGCACAACCAAGCCAUGGUGCACUGGUCUGGAUAUAACAGCAGCGUGAUACUGAUUCUGACCAAGCUCUAUGACUUCAACCUGGGCAGCGUGACGGAGAGCUCACUUUGGAGGUCAACAGACUAUGGCACUACCUAUGAGAAACUAAAUGACAAAGUGGGGCUCAAGACUGUCCUGAGUUACCUUUAUGUCAAUCCUACCAACAAACGGAAGAUAAUGCUUCUCAGCGAUCCUGAGAUAGAGAGCAGCAUUUUGAUUAGCUCAGAUGAAGGUGCCACCUACCAAAAGUACAGGCUGAACUUUUAUAUUCAGAGCCUACUCUUCCAUCCUCAGCAGGAAGACUGGAUCCUAGCCUAUAGUCUGGACCAAAAGCUCUAUAGCUCCAUGGAUUUUGGGAGAAGAUGGCAACUGAUGCAUGAGCAUAUUACACCCAACAGGUUUUACUGGUCAGUCACAGGCUUGGAUAAGGAGCCUGACCUUGUACACAUGGAGGCGAGGACAACUGACGGAUAUGCUCAUUAUCUUACCUGCCGUAUCCAGGAAUGUUCAGAAACCAUCAAGAGUGGGCCUUUUGCCCGUUCCAUUGACAUCAGUUCAUUGGUGGUCCAAGAUGAAUAUGUUUUUAUUCAGGUGACUUCGGGUGGAAGAGCCAGCUACUAUGUAUCCUACAGAAGAGACCCCUUUGCCCAGAUUAAGCUGCCCAAAUAUUCUCUGCCAAAGGACAUGCAUAUCAUCAGCACAGAUGAGAGCCAAGUGUUUGCAGCAGUUCAAGAAUGGAACCAAAAUGAUACUUAUAACCUCUAUAUCUCUGACACACGUGGUGUCUACUUUACCUUGGCCCUGGAGAACGUCAAGAGUAGUCGGGGCUUAGAGGGCAAUAUCAUCAUUGACCUAUAUGAGGUAGCAGGCAUCAAAGGGAUAUUCCUGGCCAACAAAAAAGUGGAUGACCAAGUGAAGACCUUUAUAACUUACAACAAAGGCAGAGAUUGGCGUCUGCUCCAGGCACCGGACACUGAUCUGAGAGGGAACCCUGUCAACUGUUUAUUGCCCUUUUGUUCCUUACAUCUCCACCUGCAGAUCUCAGAAAACCCAUAUUCAUCAGGGCGAAUCUCCAGCAAAGACACGGCCCCUGGGUUGGUGGUAGCCACAGGAAAUGUCGGCACAGAACUCUCAUACACAGAAGUCGGCAUGUUUGUCUCUUCUGAUGGGGGAAAUACCUGGAAACAGAUCUUUGAUGAAGAAUACAACAUCUGGUUCUUGGACUGGGGAGGAGCUCUUGUGGCCAUGAAACACACAUCUAUGCCCAUUAAGCAUUUGUGGGUGAGUUUCGAUGAGGGGAGCUCCUGGGACAAGUAUGGUUUUACUUCGGUUCCACUCUUCGUGGAUGGGUCUCUGGUGGAUCCAGGUGUGGAGACACAGAUAAUGACAGUUUUCGGCCACUUCAGCCUCCGUUCUGAGUGGCAGCUAGUGAAAGUGGACUACAAAUCCAUCUUCAGUCGAAGGUGCAUCAAGGAUGACUUCCAGACCUGGCACUUGCUUAAUCAGGGAGAACCCUGUGUCAUGGGAGAAAGGAAAAUAUUCAAGAAACGCAAGCCAGGAGCGCAGUGUGCAUUAGGACGGGAUUACUCGGGAACUGUGGUUUCAGAACCAUGCAUCUGUGCAGACUGGGACUUUGAAUGCGAUUAUGGCUAUGAGAGACAUGGAGAUAAUCAGUGCAUCCCUGCUUUCUGGUAUAAUCCAUCAUCUCCAUCAAAGGAUUGCAGCCUUGGCCAGAGCUAUCUCAACAGUACUGGGUACCGGAGAAUUGUGUCUAACAACUGCACGGACGGGCUAAGGGAGAAGUAUACUGCUAAAUCCCAGCAGUGCCCAGGCAAGGCUCCAAGGGGUCUCCAUGUGGUGACUGUGGAUGGGCGCUUGGUGGCUGAGCAAGGGCACAAUGCUACCUUUGUCAUCCUCAUGGAGGAGGGUGAUCUCCAGAGGACAAACAUCCAGCUAGACUUUGGAGAUGGGAUUGCUGUGUCCUACGCUAACUUCAGCCCCAUUGAGGACGGCAUCAAGCAUGUGUACAAGAGUGCGGGGAUCUUCCAGGUGACGGCUUAUGCGGAGAACCACUUGGGCUCAGAUACUGCCGUCCUCUUCCUACAUGUGGUUUGUCCUGUGGAACAUGUCCAUCUCAGUGUUCCUUUUGUAGCCAUCAUGAAUAAAGAGGUCAAUGUCACUGCAGUUGUAUGGCCCAGCCAGCUGGGGACCCUCACCUAUUUCUGGUGGUUUGGCAACAGCACUAAGCCCCUGAUCACCUUGAAUAGCAGCAUUUCCUUCAUGUUCACCUCAGAGGGACUAAACACUAUAACAGUCCAGGUGGCAGCCGGCAACGCCCUCAUCCAGGACUCCAAAGAUAUUGCAGUUCAUGAGUAUUUCCAGUCACAGUUACUGUCAUUCUCACCCAAUCUGGACUAUCACAAUCCUGACAUCCCUGAGUGGAGACAAGAUAUUGGCAAAGUCAUCAAGCGAGCUCUGGUCAAAGUCACUAGUGUUCCAGAAGACCAGAUUCUAGUGGCGGUGUUCCCUGGCCUCCCUACCUCAGCUGAACUCUUCAUCCUGCCUCACAAGAAUAUGACUGAGAGAAGGAAAGGCAAUGAAGCCGACCUGGAGCAAAUUGCAGAACUUCUGUUUAAUGCUCUAAAUCAGAACUUGAUCCAGUUUGAGCUCAAGCCAGGGGUCCAAGUCAUUGUCUAUGUCACUCAGUUGACAUUAGCUCCACUUGUGGACUCCAGCACAGGGCACAGCAGCUCAGCAAUGUUGAUGCUUUUGUCUGUAGUCUUUGUGGGCUUGGCUGUCUUCUUGAUCUAUAAGUUUAAAAGGAAAAUUCCCUGGAUAAACAUCUAUGCCCAAGUUCAACAUGACAAGGAGCAGGAGAUGAUUGGGUCGGUGAGCCAAAGUGAAAAUGCUCCAAAAAUCACCCUCAGUGACUUUACAGAGCCCGAGGAGCUGCUGGACAAAGAACUGGACACACGAGUCAUAGGUGGGGUUGCCACCAUUGCCAACAGUGGAAGCACAAAGGAAAUUCCCAACUGCACUAGUGUUUAAUGUGGAGAAGAAGCCCCACGGUCUAUCACCUUUCUGAUUUUUUUUUUAUUCUUGAUGAUUAUUGUUGUUCUUAUUAUGGGGGGGGGGAAGAAAACUAUCACUUUUUAAAAAUCCUCUACUAUUCUGGAGUCCCCUUUACAAACAGAGGACAUUGGAGAAAGUCCUUCUUAACCAAUUAAAAUGUCUCAAGAAUCAAUAAGUAUGCUCCUGCCGCAGUAGAAGGCUCUCCUCUCCUUGCUGCUUCUGGGCCAUCUUCUGCCAGUGGCGGCUCAAAAGUGGGACUUACUACGUCCUCCUGGGCUCUACCUUGUUUUGUUGUUGUAGUUGUUGUUUUCCUUUAUACACACAAACUCACCAACCCAUGAUCUAGUCUGCUUCUGCAGGGCCCCAGUGGAAGUAUCUCCCAGAAGCAGGCCCUGUGGCCCUACCUAGUGCAUGUCAACACUGAACAGACCAACGAUGAAGAGGGCAGCAUAUUGUAGAUAAUGACAAUGUAAAUAGCUUUUUAUUUCCUGGGAAAUAAUUUAAUGUUUAGUAAAAAAAGAAAAAGAAAAAAGGAAGAAACUUGGUGUGCAUCCACACUCACACAUACAUACACAUGCACUUAAAAUGGACAAAUCCACCAGGAUCCUGUUUGGCAAGUGUGAAUUCUGUCGUCUGUCACAUUUAAUUCUGUGGCCACAACAUCGCUGUUUCCUAAUCUGUAUGUUAAAAGUGGAAUUAUUUUAGAUGGUUAAAAAGAUUAGAAUGAAGUGCCAUCUAAUACACAGAGCUCUCUGGGUUCCCCAGAUGGUAUAAUAGCAUGACUUUUGGGAUACACUCAACAAGUGUAAGAUUUCCCUCCCCUUAUCAGGCUAAGAAAACAGUACUUGCCUAAUAGGAAAUCAGCCUGAUUAUAAAUUAUAUUAGGAAAUUAUUGCUCUAAUUCCUUCUGCCCAUGAGAGCACAUUAAGUAUGUUCUCUUAGCUCAAGAACAUAUUCUGGGCAUCUACACUCUCAGUGACUCCUUGCUGGAUUCAGUUAAGUGGUAGAAGGGAAUGGUUAGUAGACUGGUAGCAUGGGCCUGACCCAUGUAUUUUUUAAUAAGCCAAAUAGCAACCUAGUGGUCUGAUGAUCUUAGUCAACUCUGCAAUGCUGUGAUAUUUCAUUGUCGGGAGUAUGCACCUUCCUUAAAGUCAAGUGUCUGCUUUAGUUCCCUUUAGAUAAUUCAUGUCUUUGGGGGGGAGGCCCUGAGCUUAGCAGCCAUUCUCAUUUUCUCUGCUUCACAUAUUUGCCCAUCCUAAUUCCAUUACCCUUGGGUUGUUCUAGCCCAAACUCUGAACACUAUUAUUUUUUUCAGGGGAGCAAGAUGGAAACAUUAAUUUUAAAAAAUGAUACAUUCAUAGGAUAGUCCUCAUAAGAGGUAAAAGGCAAAUGACUUUUUUAGGGUAUUUUUUUCACAUUCUUCCCUUUAUGAAAAAAUGUAAGGCAUCUGAAAGAAUGCCAUUGGCUGAUUACAGCAAGAUAGAACAUCCAUCCCUACAUUUCUCUGAAAAGAUCAGGAGUGUUUAUAAGCACUCUGCUUUUUUGUUUCAAGGGUUAAUUGGGGCAGACAAUUGCAGUACUUGUAUUAAACACUGGAAUACAAAUGCAUGAGUCAUAUCUAUAUAUACAGUAUAUGUAUAUAUACUGUUCUUGGUUUUAUUGUUCCAUUUGAAUAUUUCUACUGUAAAAAAGGCAGUGGUUUUGAAAUUGUUGAAAAUAAAUGUAUUUUUGUACAUCAAA